UCUCCUGUUCCGGAAGCGGCCGGUAUCCUGAGCAAAAGCAUCCGGGUACGCCCGGAAGCUGUAGGAAGGAUGGGCUAUGGCGGAGGAAGAACCCGAGAGACCCACGGGCUCGGGUUGCGGCCGGGGCCGGGGCCAGGGCUUGCGCCUGGUCGGUCGGCGACCUCACACGUGGGAGAUCUCCGACUCAGACACCGAAGGUACCGCCGCUAGGGUGGUCGGCCCGCAAGCUCCCAGCACCGUAGGAGAACUUAGAGCUACGACCAAGGCGUUAAGGGCAGAUCAGGUCCUGAAGAAUCUGGUGGUGUACGUGGACCCAGCUAUCCUGGAAGAUGCAGGCUCCGAUAUCCUGAUGGAGGCUCUGGGCACGCUAGGCUGUGAAUGCCGAAUCGAGCCGCAGCACCAAGCCCGCAGCCUACAGUGGAGCGUUGUGAGGCCCGACCCGGCCCCCAGCAAUGUGCCGCUGGAGGCGAGGGUUGAAAAUGAGCAGGAGCAGUUGCUGCUGCUGGAACCCCAGGAGUUUCUUCAAGGUGCUAUGCAGCUGACCCAGAUCACAGACUCACCUUGCUCCAUGCCCUGGCUUUCUCCUAAGAGUCCCAGCUGCCUGUCCCAUCUGGCCGUCAUUGGACUGGAUGCAUACCUGUGGUCUCACCAGCCCAGUUCUCAGAAGACAUGGCAGCUGAAGAAGUCAAAGGAAGCACAUGCCAAGGUGGCCAUCAGAUGGCCUGAGGUGGAGGAGGCCCUGGUGCUGCUUCAGCUUCACGCAAACCUGGAUGUGCUGCUGGUGGCCUCAUGGCAGGAGCUGAGUCAGUACGUGUGUGCCUUCACCAAGGCCCUCUCCCAGCGCCCCUCUAAGCAGUACCGGGAUUCCCAAGCCUUUUCCUUCUGCACAGCAGGGCAUUGGGCCUCUGGCCAGCAAGUGACCAAAGAUGGUUCUGGGCUCCGAGGAGUAUGGUGGCGGCAGAUCAGACAGUUCAACCGGGUCAGCCCAGCUGUGGCUGAUGCUGUCGUCACUGCCUUCCCUUCCCCCCGCCUUCUGCAACAGGCUCUAAUGGACUGCAGCACGGAGCAGGAGCGCCUGAACCUCCUAGCUGACCUCCCUGUGAAGGCCCACAGGGGCAGGCAGCCUCGCAGAGUGGGACCUGACCUCUCACGCCGAAUCUAUAUCUUCCUGACCACCACUAACCCUGACUUGCUGCUGGACCUGAGCUCUUGACCAUACCUGUGACCUCCUUAGGUUGCCUCCUGCCCAUCAGUAGAACAGGAUAGGCCUGCCCAAGAGACUGACUCGUUACCAAGGGGCAGGCAAGGAGAUUUGGGCCCAGCCACCACACUUUUUCCAGCCUGGGGUAGAGUACGGCCAGAUGGAAGGGUAGUGGGGAAAGGGGGUGGGGGCAGGGUUGCUGAAGUGAACAGAAGAAUCUAUAGGGCAGCAGACAGGAAGGGCCCCAGAGUAACUGGGGCCUCAACUUACCCUUGGCCUGAACUCUUGUUGCAGGAAGCAUAGUGGCAGGGUUGAGUGCCCAGCUGAGCAGUUCCUAGCCCCACUAAUACCUAGAAGCUUAGGGUACACCCUCAGGUAGAAGUAGUAAGAGACCCUAGGGAAAAGAGAUCCAAGCCAGGCAGCUCCAGCCUUUGUGA